UGUGACACAUAAGCCAAGCGCAUAACAAGUAUUUAUAGUAUUUUUUAAGCGCAAUUUAAAUUAUAAGUAGGCUAAAAUGAACUACAAUCAGUCUGGAGCCCGGAGAGGGAAACCCAGAAGGGUUUUAGAUCCAUCUGUCAGCACGACCUCUUCCUCUCCGAUUCCCCCAAUGCAACAGCCAAAUUACAUGUACAACCAAGAGGUGCCUAUGAACAAUGACGUGCCACCAGAGUAUGGUUACAAUUUACCAAAUCAAGGCCCAUCGGUACCUCUAACUCCCACCUCGUAUGGGUUUAAUCAACAAUCUUCAGUGCCAUACACUCCUACUGGUCCUCAGAAUGAGAGCUUUGGAGGUAGUCAGUUUACAACACAAUUACUGUCACAGCCUCUAGUGGCCAAUAUGGCAAUGCAGUAUGGAAAUGUAUUGGCUAACUCAGGAAAGGAACAAAUUGAAAAGUUUCUUCCUAUCACUUCUCUCAGAUAUUACUUUGCUGUUGACACUGACUAUGUGGUGAUGAAGCUUAUUCUUUUGUUUUUUCCAUUCACACACAAGGACUGGUCUAUUAAAUAUGAACAAGACUCACCUCUUCAACCACGUUAUGAGAAAAAUGCACCAGACAUGUAUAUACCCACAAUGGCUUAUCUAACUUAUGUUGUGGUUGUUGGAUUUGCAUUGGGCAUGCAAGAAAAAUUUACGCCUGAAACGUUAGGCAUAACAGCAAGUUCAGCUUUGGCUUGGGGCAUCAUUGAGCUGCUUAUUCACAUCACAACACUCUAUGUUAUGAAUCUUGACACAAGUUUGAGGUAUUUGGACUUGUUGGCUUACUGCAGUUACAAAUAUGUUGGAAUCAAUACAGCUCUUCUGACAUCUUUAGUGUUUGCAAAACUAGGUUAUUAUAGUGUCUUAAUAUACUUUAGUGUAUCGCUAGGAUUUUUCUUACUAAGGUCAUUAAAAUUAAGAGUAAUACCAGAAGGACAUUCACCCUACUCUGCUAGUGGCAAUAAGAGAAGACUGUAUUUUAUACUAUUUGUUGCUGGAAUUCAGCCACUUCUCAUGUGGUGGCUUUCUUUUCAUCUAGUUUAAGAUACCAAUGUAUUGGAUGGAUUAUCAUUUUUCAAGUGCUUUGAAGAUAACAGUGAUGGACUUGAUGAAGUAAAAAAGCUUUUGUGGAACUGAGAGUCGAGUGUUAAUAUUUCCUCAUUACAAGAGAAAGAUCUCUUUUUAUUGAUGAAUUGAUACAAGUCAAUGAUUGUUAGAAAAUUCGCUGUACCAAACAAAUCGGUACUAUUUGGUUGUAUUACUAUCAGUGGAAUUUUUAAAUGUUUUCUGUUUAACCUACGAAUUAAUUUUCUUCCAUUUUCCAUAAAACUAAAAACUUAUGUGCAUAGUCACCUCAUUUCUAGAAUGAUUGAAAAUUCGUAUUAUUUUGCAAUAUAAAAACAAUCAUCUUGUAAAUUCUUUCUUGGUCAAUUUUUUUUUUUUUUUUUUUUCCAUUGGAAUAACGUAUUUCAAGUGCCCCUAAUUGUUUAGAUUUGUUCUUAAUUCUAACAUAUUUACGAAUUAUUUUUAUAUAUACAUAUAUUGAAAAAC